UUAUAAAAAGGGCAUCGUCAUUUAUACUUGCAGCUAGCUGUUCCUCUCGGAAGAAGAUAAGCGACACACGGCUUUGAAAUAGUGAAUUGAGUCGUAAAAAAAAACAAGCAAUGGAAUUAUUUUUUCUGCCUUCCCUACUCUUCACGCUUUUCAUUCUCCAAGUCAACGUUAUGGAGUCAGCUGAUGUUGAGACCCCCAAAAAGUUUGACAUCAGCUCUAAAAGUUGCGUGGAUUAUCUGAGAAAAGGAUACAAAUCUGAUGGUUUUUAUGAUAUUUAUGAUUUUAACACCAACAAAAUCAUUACAGUGUACUGUGACUUGACUUCAGAACCUGGGUCAGCUUGGACGUUGGUCAUGUCUUUUGCGUUGAAGAACAGGUUAACAAAUUCAAUGAAUGCCAGGGCCCUCCUGCAGAACGUCGCAAUAAACGAGCAAUCACCAAACUGGGGGAUCUAUCGUAUGAGCCACUCUCAAAUGAAUUAUCUGAAAUCACAGUCAACUCACUGGAGAGCAACAUGCAGUUAUCCAACAAACAAAGUUGACUAUAGAGAUUAUGUAAGAGCAAAAAUUUCUGAUUUUGAUGUCAUGACCUUUACUGGCAAUGGUAUUUGUAAGAAAGUAGAGUUUGUAAACAUCCGUGGUCAUCAGUGCGCUCAAUGUACGUCGAAAUGGUGGCAAGUAUUGGGUGCAUACGCGGCCCAUAUUGAUAGCUAUGCUACGGGCUGUGAUCUGAAUCCUUCCACUGGUUCUGUGGUUUCAGAAGACAACUUUGGCUUCUACGGUACAACCAAUAAUAAGUUUCGUUGCACAGAAAACCAGUUGUCUACAACCAAUUGGUGGUUUGGAGCCUACAAAUGAUCAAUUGACUAGAAAAAACGUCACACGAAGUUUCAAGUUCAGUCCAGAAUUUUAGUUUUUGAUUAAGACAUCACAUCACGAACAAAUGAUCUCGUGUGUACCUUACUAUAAAAAUAUAUAUUAACAAAUAGUUUUUCAAAA